AUGGUGCUACAGCUGCAUGUGUGGGGACCGGCCUUCGGGCUGCCCUCGAUCGAGGCGCAUUGUCUCGCCACCAUCGCCUACUGCUCCGUGGCACUUCCGAAGGGCUCCUGGGAGGUGGUCGCCAGCAGCGAUCCCUCCGUUUCCCCUACAGGUGAGCUCCCCGCCCUCCAAAACGGUGCGGUGUGGGUGAGUCGGUUCCGCAAUAUCGUCGACUACCUCCGCCAAUACUCGAACGGAGCCUGGGAUCUGGAUCAACAACUGGACGACACGUGCCGCGCCGAUAACAUUGCAUUCUCCUCCUUUAUCGAAUCCCGCGGCCAGUCCCUCGUCGACCUCUACUUGUACGUGACCAGCCAGAAUUACUACCGCAAUACCUCGCCUGCAUACGGAAGCCUUCUCCAAUGGCCCAACCAAUGGAUCCUCCCGCCGCAGCUGCACAGCGCCGCCAAAGACCGUACCGAGCACCUGGGUUUGUCAUCGCUUGACCUGCAAGCCAUGGAAGACCAGCGGCAACGCGACCACAACGCCGCCGUGGCCGCCGGCAAAAUUCCCAAGAACCUGAUACAACGGCCCCGCGAUACCGUCUCGAGCCUGCUCGGCCGCACCGCGCAGCAGAACCAUUUCCGAAUCGAGGCGCUGACCGGCGAGUUCUUCGAGCCGCUCGAGGCCAUGUUGGGCCGGAAGGCGUACCUCCUCGCCGCUGACGCCGACGACACCCCGUCCAGUAUCGACUGCGUUGCGCUCGGGUAUUUGUCGCUGGCCCUGGUGCCUGAGAUGGCCUUCCCGUGGCUCCGAGACGCCAUGCGCGCCAAGGCUCCGCUGCUCGCGGAAUAUACGGAGCGUAUGCGACAGCGAUGCUUUGGCGAGGCUCCCGUUGACAUUGCACAUGUUUUCUCACCAGAAUCUGCGCCCGAAUCGCCGCUGACUUGGCGUGCUCCUGCGCGGAUUUCCGUCGCGGCCGUCGGCUCGACUCUGCUUUCUACCUUAGCGGACUCGACUCCGUUCCUACGUGAGAUUCGCCGGAAUAACAGUCUCAAAAAAGCGGCGCAGUCUGAGGAUGCCGGUCUCAAUUACAUGGAGAAAAAUAUGGCCAAUAUAAUUACCGAUUCCAGUAAGAAGGAUAUGCUGGUAUCCAUCGCUGCAGUGGUGGGCGGUUUUGCCGCCUUGGUCGGCUAUGCCGUGCAUACCGGCAUACUCUCGCGCGAAGAGGACGAAGAGGAGGAAGAUGUCGAGGUGAUGUACAAUCCAGGGACAGUGGCUGAUAUGCUUGCUAGUGGCAAGUAA